UGACAGAUGACAGAUUAAAUCGCUUUUCGGCGGUUGUGCUUGUGUUUUUAUUUUUGUGACUUUAAAGAUGUAUGAUCAAGAUGAAGAGCAAUAUGAGGAGGAAGACGCGGAAGAAAUUAGUUCCGAAUUGUGGCAGGAAGCCUGUUGGAUCGUUAUAAACGCGUAUUUCGACGAGAAAGGCCUGGUACGGCAACAAUUGGACAGUUUCGACGAAUUCAUUCAGAUGUCUGUGCAGAGAAUCGUGGAGGAUUCCCCGCAAAUCGAUUUGGUGGCCGAGGCGCAGCACACGUCGGGAGAAGUGGAAAACCCCCCGCGAUAUUUGCUGAAAUUCGAGCAAAUUUACCUUUCUAAGCCCACGCAUUGGGAGAAAGACGGGGCCCCGUCCCCAAUGAUGCCCAACGAGGCCAGACUGAGAAAUUUGACGUACUCUGCACCUCUUUACGUGGACAUAACGAAGACUAUCGUUAAGGAGGGCGAAGAUCCUGUCGAGACCCAACACCAGAAGACUUUCAUAGGGAAAAUCCCGAUUAUGUUGAGGUCUACGUACUGCCUUCUCAGCGGCUUAACAGAUCGUGAUUUGACGGAGUUAAACGAGUGUCCUUUGGAUCCCGGGGGUUAUUUCAUCAUAAACGGGUCGGAGAAGGUUUUAAUUGCCCAGGAAAAAAUGGCUACGAACACAGUGUAUGUGUUUUCGAUGAAGGACGGGAAAUACGCGUUUAAAUCCGAGAUUAGGUCGUGUUUGGAGCAUUCUUCGCGCCCCACCUCCACUUUGUGGGUGAAUAUGAUGGCUCGUGGCGGGCAAGCUGUGAAAAAGGCAGCCAUCGGGCAAAGAAUCAUCGCUAUUUUACCAUAUAUCAAGCAAGAAAUACCCAUUAUGAUCGUAUUCAGAGCGCUAGGUUUUGUGGCCGACAGAGACAUCCUCGAACACAUCAUCUAUGACUUUGACGACCCUGAAAUGAUGGAGAUGGUGAAACCGUCCCUAGACGAGGCUUUUGUAAUCCAAGAGCAGGGUGUGGCCUUGAAUUUUAUUGGUGCUAGAGGGGCCAGGCCCGGCGUAACGAGGGAAAAGCGUGUUAAAUACGCCAGGGAAAUUUUGCAGAAGGAAAUGCUGCCGCAUGUAGGAGUUUCCGAUUUCUGUGAAACCAAAAAAGCGUAUUUCUUGGGGUACAUGGUGCACAGGCUGCUUUUAGCCUCUUUGGGGCGCAGAGAGUUAGACGACAGGGAUCAUUACGGCAACAAAAGGUUGGAUUUGGCCGGGCCGUUGCUGGCUUUCUUGUUCAGAGGUCUUUUCAAAAACCUAAUGAAGGAAGUGCGCAUGUACGCCCAAAAAUUCAUCGACAGAGGAAAAGAUUUCAACUUGGAUUUGGCAAUCAAAACCAAACUCAUCACCGACGGUUUGCGUUACUCUCUUGCCACCGGUAACUGGGGCGACCAGAAAAAGGCCCAUCAAGCCAGAGCCGGAGUGUCGCAGGUAUUGAACAGACUGACUUACGCCUCGACUUUAUCUCAUUUGAGGCGCGUAAACUCGCCCAUCGGUCGCGAUGGUAAAUUAGCUAAACCCCGUCAGUUGCACAACACUUUGUGGGGCAUGAUUUGCCCCGCGGAAACGCCAGAGGGCGCUGCGGUGGGUUUGGUAAAAAAUCUCGCCCUUAUGGCUUACAUUUCCGUCGGUUCGCAACCUUCUCCGAUCUUGGAGUUCUUGGAGGAGUGGUCGAUGGAGAAUUUGGAGGAAAUAGCGCCGUCUGCUAUCGCUAACGCCACUAAGAUUUUUGUCAAUGGGUGUUGGGUCGGUAUUCACAGGGAUCCGGAGCAAUUGACGGCGACUUUGAGGAAACUACGCCGCCAGAUGGAUAUUAUCGUAUCCGAGGUAUCCAUGAUCCGUGAUAUCCGCGAUCGCGAAAUCCGUAUCUACACGGAUGCUGGUCGUAUUUGCAGACCUUUAUUGAUCGCUAAAAAUGGCAGCCUGUUACUGAAAAAAGAACACAUCGACAUGUUAAAAGAAAGAGAGUACAACAACUAUGGCUGGCAAGUGUUGGUAGCCUCAGGUGUUGUCGAAUACAUUGACACCCUAGAGGAAGAAACUGUGAUGAUCGCCAUGUCCCCUGACGAUUUGAGACAAGACAAGGAGUGCGCUUACUGUACGACUUACACUCACUGCGAAAUUCAUCCCGCCAUGAUUUUGGGAGUCUGCGCGUCUAUUAUCCCGUUCCCCGAUCACAACCAAAGUCCCAGGAACACCUAUCAAAGCGCCAUGGGAAAACAAGCCAUGGGCGUGUACAUAACAAACUUCCACGUGCGGAUGGACACGCUAGCGCACGUGCUCUACUACCCUCACAAACCGUUGGUAACCACCAGAUCCAUGGAGUACCUCAGGUUCAGAGAGCUCCCCGCCGGCAUCAACAGCAUCGUGGCCAUCGCCUGCUACACCGGCUACAACCAGGAGGAUUCGGUCAUUUUAAACGCCUCGGCCGUCGAACGAGGCUUCUUCCGGUCGGUGUUUUAUCGUUCGUACAAGGACGCCGAGUCCAAGCGCAUUGGGGAUCAGGAGGAGCAGUUCGAGAAGCCGACCAGGCAGACCUGCCAGGGCAUGCGCAACGCGCUCUACGACAAACUCGACGACGACGGUAUCAUUUCGCCCGGUAUUCGUGUCUCCGGGGACGACGUCGUCAUCGGCAAAACCAUGACGCUCCCGGAAAACGACGAUGAGCUGGACGGUAACACGAAGAAGUUCACCAAGAGGGACGCCAGUACUUUCUUGCGUAACAGCGAGACUGGCGUGGUGGAUCAGGUGAUGUUGACGUUGAACUCCGAGGGUUACAAGUUCUGCAAGAUCCGCGUGAGGUCCGUGAGGAUUCCGCAGAUCGGCGACAAGUUCGCCUCGCGUCACGGGCAGAAGGGUACUUGCGGCAUACAGUACCGGCAGGAAGAUAUGAUUUUCUCGUGCGAGGGUUUGACCCCGGAUAUCAUCAUCAACCCGCACGCCAUCCCAUCUCGUAUGACGAUUGGGCAUUUAAUUGAAUGCAUUCAAGGUAAGGUAUCGGCGAAUAAGGGGGAGAUCGGGGACGCGACCCCGUUUAACGACGCGGUAAACGUGCAGAAAAUUUCCACUCUCCUGCAAGAGUACGGGUACCAACUGAGGGGCAACGAGGUGAUGUACAACGGGCACACGGGGCGCAAAAUGAACGCGCAGAUUUUCCUGGGCCCCACCUACUACCAGCGCCUCAAGCACAUGGUGGACGACAAGAUCCACUCGAGGGCCAGAGGCCCGGUGCAGAUCCUGGUCAGGCAGCCCAUGGAGGGUCGCGCCAGAGACGGGGGCCUGCGUUUCGGGGAGAUGGAGCGCGAUUGCCAGAUUUCGCACGGCGCGGCGCAGUUUCUGCGCGAGCGCUUGUUCGAGGUGUCCGAUCCCUACAGGAUCCACGUGUGCAACUUCUGCGGGCUGAUCGCCAUCGCCAACUUGCGGAACAACACGUUCGAGUGCAAGGGGUGCAAGAAUAAGACGCAGAUUUCGCAGGUCAAGUUGCCUUACGCCGCUAAGUUGCUCUUCCAAGAGCUGAUGUCGAUGAAUAUCGCCCCCAGAUUGAUGGUCUUAUAAAAAGUUUAUUUUAUGUAUUAGGUAUUAGAAUUUAGUUUUGUAUUGAUUUUAUGUGACUAUGAUACCACUAAAAUAAAUAUAAAUACUUUUUUAAUCAAGUGUAUUAUUCAUCCAAACCCUUCUUUCC